GUUGGCAUAAACAAAAAUAAACCCAUCAAAGCAAACUCUAUUGACACAAAAACUGCUUGCUCAAUUUACAAUGGACUACAGACUGUCAGGGGAGCUCUCAGAAACCCAAAGGAACAAGUGUGGAGGGUGUUAUAGGCAAUUCAACAAGAAAGAACAUUUGGUGGAACACAUGAGGACGUCUUACCAUUCGGUUCAUGAACCUACAUGUGGCAUUUGCAACAAACACUGCCGAUCUUUUGAUUCCCUCCGUGAACAUCUCAUUGGGCCAUUGCCGAAACAGGAAUGUAAGAACAUUUUCAGCAUCUGCGGCUGCAGAUUCUGCCUUACGAUCCUUGAAAGCCCCAACGCUCGUAGGAUCCAUCAGGAGAGAUGCCAAUUCUCAAACGUCAAUUAUGGACUAACUGCUCGUAUGGCGGUCUUAGGCCUAAGAGAUAAUCCUACAAUUGAUUACACUUCUUCCAGGUCACCACGAGUGGUCGCACUCUCAUGCAAGAUGGUUGGAGGAGGGAGUGAUGGAUCGCUUGACCUAUGCGCGAGAGUUUGCAUAACAGAUGAGAGCGAAAACGUGAUUUUUCACACGUACGUGAAGCCAACAUUGCCCAUAACGAAUUACAGGUACGAGACUACAGGAAUACGACCUGAGAAUAUAAGGGACGCGAUGCCAUUGAAACAAGCACAGAGAAAGAUUAAGGAGUUUCUUUGUUAUGGAGAACCAAUGUGGAAGAUUCGUCCAAGAAGUGGAAAAGCGAGGAUUCUCGUGGGACAUGGACUUGAUAGCCAUCUUGACUGUCUUCAACUUGAAUAUUCUUCUUUCAUGAUAAGAGAUACUGCGGAAUACCCUCCAUUGAUGAAAACAAGCAAGCUAAGCAACUCGCUCAAGUACUUAACCCAAGCCUAUCUGGGGUAUGACAUUCAUGUGGGGAUGCAAGAUCCUUAUGAGGACUGUGUCACGACGAUGAGGCUGUACAAAAGAAUGCGAAAUCAAAAACACAAGACGGAUGCUUAUCCGUUGGCCUCAGACACGCAUAACACAAAUAACUAUGCGUCCUGGAGACAGAGCGAGCUUGAGAGUAUGUCAGAGGAUGAGUUGCUCAACCUUUCCGGGUCAGACUAUUACUGCUGGUGCUUGGACUCAGUUCCUUGAAAAUUAAAAGUUAUCGUACGUGUUUGUACUUCAAGAAUAAGAUGACGACUGGAAUAAUUUAAUUAGUAGAUUCCAUUUUAAUAUCGAAUAAUCAUGCUUUUAAGAUAUUAAUCAAGUUGUAUCAUUGCUAUUAUAGAAUACGUUGGUUAUGAGAAGCAUAGGUUGUUGCAAUAGCAUAUGUACGUACGCUUUCUUUGGUAACAAUUAUAGAUUUAUCAUUAAAACAUAUUAACAUUUAUGAAAUAAAUAGUUUGUGGUCAGUUUAUGAAAAACAAUUAUGAACAGAUCUAUAUAAUUACCAUUUAUUUAUAAGAAAGCGUAAUUAUGAUCUCUAAAUCCAGGAGAAUAUAAAUAUCAUAGAAACACUAAAUUAGGCUCUUUUGGUCGAUAUGACUGUAUCGGAGUUCACUUUCUCAGCUGGAGCUUAGUUCGCACUCCCUCAUGGAUCCCGAUACGGUAAUAUCGGAGUUCACUUUCUCAGCUGGAGCUUAGUUUGCACUCCCUCAUGGUUGAUCUUCAGGAACAUCGCCUCACCUCUGCCGUGUCGCCUCCGUAUCCCAAUCCCUUCCGAGAGCCGCUGGUACUCAAACGACACAUGCUUUGGUCUGAACCAAAACUAUUUAUGGAGCUUAAACUUGCUGAUUGUUAUAAACUUGAGCUAAUAUUCUUUCUCCGAAGCAUCAUGUCUGUUUACAGUCUGCCAUUGCGCCUCAGUGCAAAGGGUUCACCUAGCCCAAAACCGUGAUGUUGUGCUUAAAUUGCCAUUAUUUGUACAUCCAUCAUAGGUCAGUAGAGUUUUCAUUAGCUCUCAUUUUGACACUGGCGCUAUUCGGUUUCAUGGUCCAUCAUAUUUGUUUGUCAGAGUAAAAUCUAGGACUUUUAUAUUCUCCGGUUCUGUUGAGAUUCACCUAGUCUCUUCGUGGAACCUCGAUGUUGGAGCUAGAGCUGUUCAUGCUCUUUCCACCUCCUUCCAAACUUUGCAGUUUUGUAUAAUCAACGUCGGUUUCGACUACUUCAUGCUCGUAAUAGUAACCUAUUCAGGGAUACAUCUCAUGCUUCCCACGAUUCUCCAAUGGAUGAGCAAGACUCUCUCAUUUAGCUUUGUUAUCACUUGUUUUAUGUUAUAUUUUAUGAUCAUCAAACCGUCGAGGAUCCCUCUGGUUCUUAUCUUGUUAUCGUUGAGCUUAGCUCCGGAUGUAAUGGUUUAAACUCUUUUAGAUUUAAUAUAAUCGUAUGUAUUACAAAAAAAAGGCUUAUUUGGUCGAUGAAAGUGUUCCUUAUGGUCCAUGUCCAUCUCUGAUCCAUGUCCUCCAUUUUCAUCUCUUUUCCCAACCAAAUCGGUUCGUCGACACUGCAAUCUGGUCGAGCUCUGGUCGUCCAUCCUGAUCGAGCUUCGGUCGUCCAUCCUGGUAGAGCCUAUGGUUGUCCAUCCUGGUCGUGAUUGGCUCUACCUUCCUGGUCGAUGUUCAGCUCUUUUCCAAUGAUGGCCAAAUCCAGUCGACCAUCCACACCAUCUACAUGGCAAUAUCCUGAAAACAAUGACGAAUGACGCAUGUCUUUCAACAAUCAUCCAACUUUUUGAAUUAUUCGUACGACCAAAUAUAUAUGUAAAUACACAUUAAAGUGAAAAUAAACUCAAUAAUUCAAGGUUAAAUCAGUAAAACACUAUAACUUUUGUUCAAAAGUUGCACAUACAACACAACCAGAACUCUCUAAUACUGGCUUGGGAGUUUCCCAAAUGUGGCGAGCACAGAUUAUACUGCUCUAUGGAAGAACUCUAUGGCUUUGUUGUACCGAUCCAUGACAACGUUGUGGAGGAGGUGAACUUGUUCAAGGUGAUUAGCAUAGCUACCCAAAAUGUCACUAUUCAACGGCGGAGUAUCUUUGUCUUUUGACCAAGCGUGUUGAGCCACGGAGAGACCGCUUAGACAGUAACAUGUGUGGUAGAAGUCCCGGGGUCUCCCCGGCUUGUCUCUGAAUCCACCUUCAGGAACCUAACAACCAGUACAGAAAAUAUUAAAAAAUAACAUAGAUGUGCAAGUAAAUCAGAAGACGUGUGUGUGUGUGUGCGCGCGCGCGCAUGAGUAAACUUGGCUGGAUUAUUUGUUUUGGUGUUAAAGCAACUAAGAACCAACCAUAGAGCACAAGAUCACAUAUCUCUGCAAGUUGAGGCUGUCAAAAACAGGUUGCACCCUCCUACAAUCUUCAAACAAAGCUACUAAAUUCAGUUGCCUUUUAGAAUUUUAGAUGGGACAGAUGAUAGGAGAAAGUUAAGAGCAAACCUUCAUUGCUGUCCUCAUCAGAGUCAUCGUCAUCACUUUCAGGAUCAUCUUCAUCAUGAGCAUGUUCCUCGUGAUCUUCAUCUCUCGGUUGGGACAUAUGUAAUGAUCCUUGAAGUACCAGAUCAUGGGCUGAAUAUAAUCUCUGUAGUAGAACACAAGGGGCUGCCUGUUAAAGAUGUACCGAGAAAAAAAUAACGUCAGGUGAUGAGUAUAGGACAUGUAUUCAUGGAAACACAUAAACAAGCUUAUGAAAGAUCAAAGAGAAUAGAAGAUUGACCUGCCAAAAAGUGUAGCAGCCAUCAACCAGCUUGUUCGUCCGACCUUGAAAUCCCCUUUCUACUCCUUGUUGAUGUACAAUCCAAUUCUAGUAUCAUCAGAAUAUUAAUUUGUAAGAAAAAGUAAAGUUAUUUCAUUAAUCAUCUCAAAGCAGAUUGUGUAUGUUACCAUUAAUGAAUCUAAGUUCAAGCGGUCGACUUCAGUGAUUAAAGCCAUAGUAGCCAGCCCACAGUAUGUGUUCCUAAACAACAACGUACAUGGUAAUAAGUGAAGGUAGCAACUCAACAUUUAAGGAAACUCAAUUAUAGUAAGCCAUGAAUAACCACGUCAUCGAGGAAGCGAGAUGCAAAAGUCAGUUUAGAUAAAGGGUUCAACAUAAAGGAAGUAGGUAGGAGACCAUACCCCGCGUGAGCUUCGGAGCCAGGCUCUCCUCCAAUGCCACCUUCAUAAGUUUGGCAACUGCUUGAAAUAAAGCGAGUUAAAAGAGCUUUGCAUGGACUUACAACUGUGUAACGACUUUGCAUCUUUGAAAAGUAACACGAAUAGCUACCUCAAAAUGUAAUCUCCUAAGCCUUGGGUGAGUUCAUCAUCCAAAAUGUUCAGGAUGCUUGCAAUCUGUGUCAGAAGAUCAAAGGAAAAAAAAAACUAACGGUAGGAUGCAAGACUUUGAAGCGCAAGUGUGCAAAUAACUAGACCAUUAACCAUAUACAAAUGCAAGUCAUGAAAUAAACGUAGCGAAAUGGGCCCUGAGUUGUUGGUAUCACUGAGCCUAACAAGUUUUGGUGUCCCCAAAACGUGAAAACAAGAAACUGUAAUUUUGAUAAAACUCACCGAAAUCGCAAGGUAGCACGCUCGCACAUCCAUUUCUCCCAUAUCAUGCACCCUAACGAGCAGGGACUGAGUGGUGUAAACAAAUUGCAUAGAAUAGAAAAAGAGACGAGCAACAAUUGACGAACCAAAAUGACUAAAGCUAAGAUAUUAACAGGAAUAAUAAUACAAAAAGAGUGUUGUCAGUUCAAGAACCAAACCUGAAACCUCCGUCUGGAUCCUUCAUUCGUCUUAAAAAGCUAGACAUUUUUUCUCUGAAAAGUUAUGUCACACAUGUAAGUCUUCUAUAUCAGUUCUCUUAGAAAAGAAACUGAUCACAGGAAAAAAAACGAAUGCACCACCUAUUAAUUGAAGAAAGGGCUUUGUCACCUCCUAAAGUAACAAGUGUAUUCACUGCAGCAUAACUUGUUGCAAGAUGUGCAAGCUACGAAGAAAGGAAAUUCAUUACUAGUGGACGAGAGAAAAUUAAAAAUGAAAAACAAACCGGCUAAAAUAUUAAACAAUGAGAGAUCUCACAGAAUAUAACGAUCUGGUCUUCCUUUCAAGUUUCCAGACACAUGAACUGAUAUUGAUCCACAAGUUUUCAAGAAAUA